AUGAACAGGUGGUUUGGAUGGAAUUCUGAGUGGCGAGCGAAAACAAAACGUUUUCUCAUAAAGGAAACUACUCACAAGGUUGCUGAAAACUCUUUGACAGCCCACGACCGGUUUCGCCCUUCUUGGGACUCAUCAGUAGAGAUAAUCUGCCAUGAUACGUUCCUCGUAUUGGCAGACUUCCUGAAUUGUGAGAGUGUACGGAAAGCUCCCCAAAAGCUUCCGUACACAAAGCGGUGCCCGUCAGGGAUGCCCACUCUCCCCAUUCCUUUUUAA